AGAAAAGUAAACAAACAAUAAAUAUUAAUUUUUAGUUUAUACGUUGGAGGGGACCGUUGUAGCUAUUACUUACAAUGCUACGUUUUAUUAAGAUUUAUUUAUUGAUUAAAUUUUAACAUAAAGUAAUUUUUAAACCUGAGAGACAUCGAACUUGAAACAGCUGAUUCUAAUAAUUGUUACUUUUCAGUUUUGGUAAAUCUGAUAUUAAUUAGAUAAAACUAUGAGUGACCCACCAGUAUUCAUAGAUGUUUCCACUGGUAUUUAUGAUACAUUAGAUACAAAUAAUGAAAUAAAAAUUAAGGAAGAAGUUAAUGUUUCCAGUCCUAAACCUGAGAUUGAUGACUUACUAACAGUCAAGAGUAAUAAAUUUAAAUGUCCAGAAUGUAACUAUUUGUCUAGAAAACAGGAAUUAGUAGACAGACAUAUAUUGAAGGUGCAUAGAGGAGAAAAUCCAUUUCAGUGUUUCAUGUGUGAUUAUACAACAUCUAAUAAAGGAAAUUUUGCAGAACAUAUCCGCAGACAUGAAGGCAAAAAGCCCUUUAAAUGCUCAUACUGUCCCCACAGAAAUGUCUCCAAGAAAAACCUAAAGAAACAUGAAUUAAUACAUCGUCCAGACAAUCCUUUAAAAUGCCCUCAUUGUGACUACAUUUCCAAACAUCAAAGAGAAUUCGGAUCACACUCUAGAAAAUUCCAUUCCACGCAAAAUGGAGUUUUGACAUGUGUCAAAUGUCAAACAACGUUUGACGACCAGGACAGCUUGACAGAUCACGUCAAAUCGCAACUGACAUGUGAGAAGUGUACAUUUGUGGCGUGCGAUGCGGGUGUUUUAGAAAAGCAUUUGAUUAACCAUAGACAGAAGAGGAUUGAGAAAAAGAAAAGUUUAUGGACUUGUAGUAUCUGUAGUUGGUCAUCAUGUAAACAUCCUAAAAUAUUGUUGCAUCUUAUACAUCAUCCUAAUCAAGAAGUGAAUGGUAUUGAUAUUAGUAUUCUGCAGAAACAUGGUAUUAUGUAAUAUCCGAAAAACUGAAUACAAGACAUUAUUAAAUGCCCAUGCAACUUCUCCAAUACAAAAAUUGUGAAUUGUGUUCUGGGGUACUCGAUUGACUCGGAUGUUAAAUGAAUUCUGCGCCUUCUUAAGAUCUCAUGUCAUUUUCACACGUGUAUAUUAUGUAACAUAUUUUCAUAAGAAUCUGAUCGACCUUAUUGUAACGUGUAUAAUAAGAGCAAAAAUAAAAUAUGAUAAAUAUAAA